AUGCCUCCAAAGCUCGAUCCCUCACAGGUGGUGGACGUGUACGUCCGAGUCACCAGAGGUGAGGUCAGAGCGACGAUCGGUCCACUGGGUCUCCCCCCAAAGAAGAUCGAAGAAGACAUAGCCAAGGAAACCGCCAAGGAUUGGAAGGGCGUCUGCGUAACGGUCAAGCUAACGAUCCAAAACCGUCAGGCCAAGGUGUCCGUGGUGCCCUUCACCACCGCACUGGUCAUCAAGGCGCUGAAGGAGCCGAAGCGCGACCGGAAGAAGACAAAGAACAUCAAGCACAACAGUAACAUCUUGCUCGAUGAUGUCAUCGAGAUCGCUAAGGUGAUAAAGCCUAGGUUUAUGGCGAAGGAUCUUAGUGGGACUGUGAAGGAGAUUUUGGGAGCUUAG